CCCCCCCCCCCUUCUCGCCCGUCAUCUUGUGGUCGUUGUUGUUCGUGCCAUCUCGUAACUAUUCCCAGCGUUUCUAUCUCUACUCCCUGCGAUGGAAAACGCCGUUGAGCUUGAUCGCUGGGACAAGCAGCCUAGCCAGGUGGAGGUGCAUGAUGAGCAGGCCCUUGGCCGCGUGGGAAAGAAGCAGGUCCUGAAGCGUCGCUUCGGUUUCCUCUCCAUCGUGGGCUUCAGUUGCACCAUCCUAGCCACAUGGGAGGGCAUGCUUUCGACUUUUAUUAUUCCAUUCGAAAAUGGCGGUCCGGCAGGAACGGUGUAUAGUUUCCUCGUUGUCUGGAUCGGGACGUUCUCGAGUUUUCUCACCCUGUCGGAGCUGGUUUCCAUGGCUCCAACAUCCGGUGGUCAAUAUCACUGGGUUUCGAUCCUCUCGCCUAAAUGGUGCCAUAAAUACAUUAGUUUUCUGACGGGCUGGUUGAUCGUCAUCGGGUGGAUCGGCGCCUUCUCCUCCACUUCAUACCUCAGCGCCUCCCAGAUCCAGGGUCUGGUCGUGCUCAACCGUGACUCCUACGACGCAACGGCCUGGCAGACAGUGUUGCUCUACUGGGCCGUCGUGGGGUUUGCCGUCUUCUUCAACACCGUGGUCAGCACUUUCUUGCCCAAGUUCGAGGGGUUUGUGCUCAUCUUGCACGUCAUCGGCUUCUUCGCCAUCAUGAUCCCUCUGCUGUACCUGGGGGACAAGAACAGUGCCAGCGAUGUGUUUACCGUCUUCAUCAACGAUGGAGGUUUCCAGACUCAGGGCCUAUCCUUCCUCGUCGGUUUGACAGGAAGUAUGUUUGCCUUUACCGGCGUUGACGCUGCUGUACACAUGAGCGAGGAAAUCCAUGACGCCGAAAAGGUUGUCCCCGUGUCUAUCUUGACCUCGGUGGUGAUCAACGGCAUGCUGGGUUUUGCUAUGGUCCUUUCUACCCUCUUCACCAUGACCGACCCAGAUGCCGCCCUCGAAUCGGCCACGGGCUAUCCCUUCAUGCAGGUCUUCCUUACCGCUACGGGCUCCAAGGCCGGCUCCACCGUCAUGGCCGCCAUCGUCCCCGUUCUUGUCCUUGCUACUGCCGUCGGCUGUCUGGCUUCGGCUUCCCGCAUGAUGUGGUCUUUUGCCCGUGACCGUGGUCUUCCAGGCUGGAGAGUCCUUAGCAGAGUCAACUCGGAGGCCGUCCCCCACUGGGCCAUCAUUGUGGUCACCGUCGCCGCUGUGCUGCUCGCCCUGAUCAUCCUCGGCUCGGCCGCCGUGCUGAACGAUGUGAUUUCCCUGGCCGUAUCCGCGCUGUACUCCUCAUAUCUCAUCUCCGCCGCUCUGCUCCUCUGGCGCCGAUGUGUGGGUAGCAUUCGGUUGGCCAGCGAGGUCUCGGCGACCACUAUCCUCAACACCACCGGCACCCCGCUCGCAUGGGGCCCGUUCCGCGUCCCCGGCGUGCUCGGGAUCGCAGUCAAUAUCUUCACCGUCGCGUACCUUGCCAUCGGCGUGUUUUUCAGCUUCUGGCCCAUGCUGCUCCACCCGGAUGCUAGUACCAUGAACUGGGCCGUCGUCGGCACCGUCGGCACCAGCCUCAUCUGUACCAUCUACUAUAUGGUCUGGGGGCGGGCUGAGUACACUGGGCCAGUGGUGGAAACCGUUUACAACUAAUUUCUGCAGAGUAGAUAAGCCCCGGCUCGGC